AUGCGCGGCCCAGGCAAUGCGCGCAGCAGCUCUCGGGCCCUGGCAGUGAGCUGGCGCCCGGCGACCUGGCACCCGCGCCUGGAUAUGGGGCGCCUAAGUCGUCCCAGCAGCAGCAGCAGCAGCCGCAGCAGCCGCAGCAGCAGCAGCAGCAGCCGCAGCAGCCACAGGAACCUGCCGCAUGUGCUUCUAAUUUUCCUCUUCGUGGGACCCUUCACCUGCCUGGCGAGUUACAGCCGGGCCACAGAGCUCCUGUACAGCCUGAACGAGGGACUACCCGCCGGGGUGCUGAUUGGCAGCCUGGCUGAGGACUUGCGGCUGGUGCCCAGGGCUGCGGGGAGAGCGGAGCCACAGCAGGCGCAGCCACCGGAGCGCGCUGGUGCGCAGUGGAACCCGCCUCUCUCUUUCAGCCUGGCUUCCGGAGGCCUGAGUGGCCAGUAUGUGACCCUGGACAACAGAUCUGGGGAGCUGCACACUUCUACCCAGGAGAUCGACCGAGAGGCCCUGUGUGUGGACGAGGGUGGAGCAGCUGCCUGGGGCAGCAGCAUUGCCAUCUCUUCCUCCCCUUCUUCUGAUUCUUGCCUUUUGCUCCUGGAUGUGUUGGUCCUGCCUCAAGAAUACUUCAGGUUCGUGAAGGUGAAAAUUGCCAUCAGAGACAUCAAUGACAAUGCUCCGCAGUUCCCUGUUUCCCAAAUCCUGGUGUGGGUUCCGGAAAAUGCACCUGUCAAUACCCGGCUGGCCAUUGAGCACCCUGCUGUGGACCCUGAUAUAGGCAUUAAUGGAGUGCAGACCUAUCGCUUACUGGACUACCAUGGCAUGUUUACCCUGGACGUGGAGGAGAAUGAGAAUGGGGAGCGCACUCCUUACUUAAUUGUCAUGGGUGCUCUGGACAGGGAAAAGCAGGACGAGUACAUAAGCAUCAUCAUAGCAGAGGAUGGUGGGUCUCCGCCACUGUUGGGAAGUGCCACCCUGACAAUUGGCAUAAGUGACAUAAAUGACAAUUGUCCUCUCUUCGUAGAUUCACAAAUCAAUGUCACUGUAUAUGGGAAUGCUACAGUGGGCACCCCGAUUGCAGUUGUGCAGGCUGUGGAUAGAGACUUAGGAACAAAUGCCCAGAUCACUUAUACUUACAGCCAGAAAGUCCCACAGGCAUCCAGGGAUUUAUUCCAUCUCGAUGAAACGACUGGAGUCAUUACACUUUUCAGCAAGAUCGGAGGAAGUGUUUUACAAAUGCACAAGCUCACCGUCCUCGCCAACGGGCCAGGCUGCAUCCCUGCCGUGAUCACUGCCCUGGUGUCCAUUAUCAAAGUCAUUUUCAGACCACCCGAAAUUGUCCCACGUUACAUAGCGAACGAGAUCGACGGUGUGGUUUAUCUGAAAGAACUGGAACCCGUGAACACCCCUAUUGCAUUCUUCACCAUCCGAGAUCCAGAAGGUAAAUACAAGAUUAACUGCUACCUGGAGGGUGAUGGGCCAUUUAGGUUAUCACCCUACAAACCGUACAGUAAUGAAUAUUUGCUAGAGACUAUCAAACCUAUGGACUACGAGCUACAGCAGUUCUAUGAAAUAGCUGUUGUGGCCUGGAACUCAGAGGGAUUUCACGUCAAAAGAAUCAUUAAAGUACAACUUUUAGAUGAUAAUGAUAAUGCACCUGUUUUCCUUCAGCCCUUGAUUGAACUAACCAUUGAAGAAAACAAUGCACCCAAUGCCUUUUUGACUAAGCUGUAUGCCACUGAUGCUGACAGUGGAGAGAGAGGCCAAGUUUCCUAUUUCCUGGGACCCGACGCUCCUUCCUAUUUUUCCUUAGACAGUGUCACAGGGGUUCUGACUGUCUCAACUCAGCUGGACAGGGAAGAGAAAGAAAAAUACAGGUACACAGUCAGAGCCGUGGACUGUGGGAAGCCACCGAGAGAAUCGGUGGCCACUGUGGCUCUCACCGUGCUGGAUAAAAAUGACAACAGCCCUAGGUUCAUCAACAAGGACUUCAGCUUUUUUGUGCCCGAAAACUUCCCAGGCUAUGGAGAGAUCGGCAUCAUAAGUGUCACUGAUGCAGAUGCUGGGCAAAAUGGAUGGGUUGCCCUUUCAGUGGUGAACCAGAGUGACAUUUUUGUUAUCGACACGGGAAAGGGCAUGUUGAGAGCAAAAGUGUCUUUGGACCGAGAGCAGCAAAGCUCCUAUACUUUGUGGGUCGAAGCUGUGGAUGGGGGUGAGCCGGCCCUUUCUUCUACCACAAAAAUCACAAUUCUCCUUCUUGAUAUCAAUGACAACCCCCCUCUGGUUUUAUUUCCUCAGUCUAAUAUGUCUUAUCUGCUGGUACUGCCUUCCACUCUCCCUGGCUCCCCAAUUACAGAGGUCUAUGCUGUGGACAAAGACACAGGCAUGAAUGCUGUGAUAGCUUACAGCAUCAUAGGGAGGAGAGGCCCUAGACCAGAGUCCUUUAGGAUUGACCCCAAAACAGGCAACAUAACAUUGGAAGAGGCAUUGCUACAGACAGAUUAUGGACUGCAUCGCUUACUGGUCAAAGUGAGUGACCAUGGUUAUCCUGAACCUCUCCAUUCCACCGUCAUGGUGAACCUGUUUGUCAAUGACACUGUCAGCAAUGAGAGCUAUAUUGAAAGUCUUUUAAGGAAAGAACCAGAGAUUAACAUAGAAGAGAAGGAACCACAGAUCUCAAUAGAACCAACCCACAGGAAGGUUGAGUCUGCAUCCUGUGUGCCUACCUUAGUAGCUCUGUCUGUCAUAAGCUUGGGUUCUAUCACACUGGUAACAGGGAUGGGCAUAUAUAUCUGCUUGAGGAAAGGGAAAAAACAUCACAGGAAAGAUGACAAUUUGGAAGUACAGAUUCCACUGAAAGGAAAAAUGGACUUGCAUAUGAGAGAGAGGAAACCGAUGGAUAUUUCCAAUAUUUGAUAUUUCGUUCUGGAAUAACAGAAAUGUUUUAACUGACUUGGGACAGGUUUUGACACUUGAAUAUGAGUGUUUCUGGCAGUUCCAAUGAAGGACCACUAAUUUAUAACUUGUAAUAUGUUGUAAAUAGCUCUUUACAGGUUUUUAAAUUCAAAUUCAGAGGUUAUAAAAUGUGUACAGCAUUUUUAAAUGAAAAAGAUACUAACAGCUAUAAAAAUGUUAUUUA